AUGGCCGAACAAUUGAUCUUGAAGGGAACCCUCGAGGGCCACAAUGGCUGGGUCACUAGCCUGGCUACCUCCAUGGAGAACCCCAACAUGCUCCUGUCUGCUUCCCGAGACAAGACCCUGAUCAUCUGGAACCUCACCCGCGAUGAGACCCAAUACGGCUACCCCAAGCGAUCUCUCCACGGCCACUCUCACAUCGUCUCCGACUGUGUUAUCUCUUCUGACGGUGCCUACGCUCUGUCUGCCUCUUGGGACAAGACUCUGCGUCUCUGGGAGCUUGCUACUGGAACCACCACUCGACGAUUCGUCGGCCACACCAACGACGUCCUCUCCGUCAGCUUCUCUGCCGACAACCGACAGAUCGUUUCCGGUUCUCGCGACCGAACCAUCAAGCUCUGGAACACCCUCGGUGACUGCAAGUACACCAUCACCGAUAAGGGCCACACCGAGUGGGCUUCUUGCGUUCGCUUCAGCCCCAACCCCCAGAACCCUGUCAUCGUUUCCGCUGGUUGGGACAAGCUUGUCAAGGUUUGGGAGCUCUCCACCUGCAAGCUCCAGACUGACCACAUCGGUCACACCGGCUACAUCAACACCGUCACCAUCUCCCCCGACGGUUCCCUGUGCGCCUCCGGUGGCAAGGACGGUACCACCAUGCUCUGGGAUCUUAACGAGUCCAAGCACCUCUACUCCCUCAACGCCAACGAUGAGAUCCACGCUCUUGUCUUCUCCCCUAACCGAUACUGGCUGUGCGCUGCCACCGCUAGCAGCAUCAUCAUCUUCGAUCUCGAGAAGAAGAGCAAGGUUGAUGAGCUCAAGCCCGAGUUCCCCGCCGCCGGCAAGAAGAGCCGAGAGCCCGAGUGUGUCAGCUUGGCUUGGUCUGCUGAUGGCCAGACUCUGUUCGCUGGUUACACUGACAACAUCAUCCGUGCCUGGGGUGUCAUGUCGAGGGCAUAA